AACCCUAUCCUUUAUAUUCUUACCACACUUUCGUCGUGCCAAUCCUUCCUCGCAUUUACAACCUGUGCAUUAUACUAUACUGUGUGUUAUUUGACCGUGAAGCAAGCAAACAGUUCGGUUUGGUGACAUCGUACUCCGUUGUUAUACUGUCUUUGUUUCAACGUCAUAUUAGUUCAAUAUCGUAGACCAAUGAAACACGCAAUAAUUGCAUCAUUAAUAGUUUUCUUAAUUACUGGUUCCUCGAGUCUACAAUUAAUAAAAGAAUGGAACUUUCUGACAUUUGAUUUCCCGCCACAAUUGGCGGCUCAUAAUUUUAAACCAGAAGCUACAGUGCCCACUGGUAUUGAGAUAACUAACGACAGGAUAUUCAUCUCUAUUCCGAGGUUAAGAUCUGGAGUUCCUGCUACAUUAACCUCCAUUCCCAUCAAUAAUCCAAAAGAUAUAAGUCCGGUUCUUCAAGCGUACCCUGAUUGGACUCUACAUGGUGCUGGGAGUGGAAAUUAUAACUGUUCUGGACUUAUAUCGGUCUACAGAACUAGAAUAGAUUCCUGUAAUAGACUUUGGGUAUUAGACGCUGGGACUUUGGACACCAUUGAAAACUUUAGAAGAGCUUGUCCACCAAAGAUAUUGAUAUUUGAUUUAAAGACUGAUCAAGUUGUAAGGACUAUUGUCUUUCCUAGGGAGGUAAUUCAGGCAGCCUCCAUAUUUACUAACCUUAUCAUAGAUGAAAGUAUUCAAGGAAAAUGUGACUCGGCUUUUGUGUAUAUUAGCGACACUAUAGCACCAGGAAUCGUAGUCUACGAUGGCUCUAGCGACAAAACAUGGAGAGUUUCAGACCCGUCAAUGUAUCCUAAUCCAGAUUAUGCGAACAUAAACAUAGCGGGAGAACAAUUUUCUCUGAUGGAUGGAAUAAUAGGAUUGGCGCAUUCACCUCAGGUUGCUACGGUGUUUUACCAAGCAGUUGCAACUGAUAGAAUAUUUAGUAUUCCAACAGCAACAUUAACGAAAGGACCCCCAGCUGAAUUUGAGAAAAUUCCGAUAAUGGUAGCGGGAAAGAAAUCAUCCCAAGGACUUCCUCUGGCGAUUAAUGAAGAUGAUAACACUUUGUUCUUUAGUCCAAUGACAGAAACGUCUAUCGCCGCUUGGAAUGUUGUCAAUAAUAAUCAGCAGGUGCUAGUGUCAGAUCCAGUCAAUCUUCAGUUUGUUGCAGAACUUCGCUGGAAGAAUAAUGGAUAUCUUUAUAUACUAAGUUCACGUUUCCAUAAAUUCUUUAAAAGGACCGUUACUCCAAACGAAACGAAUAUAAGAAUUUUAAGAAUACCUUUGAAGCCAACAGUUUCCCGUUUUUCAGGAUUUAGUCCCAACUUUUAUUUUAAGUGAUCAAAAAUAAUAUAUUGUUAUUUUAAUUUUAAUAAAAUACUAAGUGUAGAAA